GACAGCCUGGACGCACCCACCACCAUCGCCACGUGGCGGCGGAGGGAUCGGCCAGGUGGGUCGCUGGACCCGCUCGACCCUGCCGCGCACGAGGAGCUGAACUUGCUGCUUAAGGACAUCGGCAUGGACGGUGACGUGCCUGAGAUAGGCAGCCUGAUCUCCACCAACGGACUCUGUGACGACCCGCAGCCCGCGGGCCAGGAGAGGCUGGCCAGCGGCCGCAGCCCGCCCCGGGGCCAAUGCCCGGCGGACGCGGGCGGCCGCGGCUGGCCGCGUUGGGCGGCGAGCAGAGCAUGUUCCACGGGCUGCACAAGUGAGCCGCCGCCCCGCCCCGCCCGCCCGCCCGCGGUGGCGCCCUCCCCCACGGAGCCGCGGUAG